UGGGGCCGCGGGUUCGGUCCAGCCGGCUGGGACGCAAGAUGAAGCUUGCUCUGCUGUUACCAUGGGCGUGCUGCUGCCUGUGUGGGUCGGCGCUGGCCACCGGCUUCCUCUACCCCUUCCCAGCAGCCGCUUUGCAGCAGCACGGCUACCCCGAGCAGGGCGCUGGCUCCCCCGGCAACAGCUACGCGAGCCGCCGGCAUUGGUGCCAUCACACGGUGACUAGAACGGUGUCCUGCCAGGUGCAGAACGGCUCCGAGACAGUGAUCCAGCGAGUCUACCAGAGCUGCCGGUGGCCUGGACCCUGUGCCAACCUCGUGAGUUACAGGACUUUCAUUAGACCCACCUACCGAGUUUCCUACCGUACGGUGACUGCACUUGAGUGGAGGUGCUGCCCUGGAUUUACUGGGAGCAACUGUGAGGAGGAGUGCAUGAAUUGUUCCAGGCUCAGCGACAUGAGUGAGCGGCUGACCACGCUGGAAGCCAAGGUCCUCCUGUUGGAAGCAGCAGAGCAGCCAUCAGGCCCAGACAACAACCUGCCACCUCCGCAGAGCACCCCAUCAACCUGGAAUGAGGAUUUUCUCCCAGAUGCCAUUCCCAUUGCUCAUCCAGGGCCUCAAAGGAGAAGACCCACAGGCCCAGCUGGGCCUCCAGGACAGAUGGGACCGCCCGGGCCUGCAGGACCCCCAGGUUCCAAAGGCGACCGGGGUCAGACAGGAGAGAAGGGCCCAGUGGGGCCUCCAGGUCUCUUGGGGCCACCAGGGCCCCGUGGGCUUCCUGGAGAAAUGGGACGUCCUGGUCCACCAGGCCCUCCUGGACCAGCCAGCAGCCCUGGCCUCUUGCCAGACAGUACCCAAGGCGUUCUCUAUUCCCUGCAGCCACCUACAGACAAGGAGAAUGGAGACUCCCAGCUGGGCCCUGCUGUGGUGGACACCGUGCUGACUGGCAUUCCAGGUCCCCGAGGUCCCCCUGGUCCCCCAGGUCCCCCAGGACCAUAUGGUCCCCCAGGACCCCCCGGAGCACCUGGAUCCCAGGGCCUGGUGGAUGAGCGGGCUGUGGCAGGGCCGUCUGGUGAGCCCAGGAAGGGGGAAGAAGAGGACAAGGCCACCGCUGCAGAGGGCGAGGGUGUGCAGCAGCUUCGAGAAGCGCUGAAGAUCCUGGCGGAGAGGGUCCUCAUCCUGGAACACAUGAUCGGCGUCCACGAUCCCCUGGCCCCCGCUGAGGGAGGCUCUGGCCAGGAUGCAGCACUGAGAGCCAACCUCAAGAUGAAGCGGGGAGGCCCUCAGCCAGAUGGCAUUCUGGCUGCCCUUCUGGGCCCUGAUCCUGCACAGAAGAGCUCUGACCAGGCCAGCAGCAGGAAGUAAGAGUCUUGUGCUCCAGGACAAGCCCAUCCCUGGGCUGAAUGGCUGCUGCCUCCAGACAGCAUACCACGUGAAAAUGGACAUCAAGCAGGGAUGAUUGUGAGGGACUCUGGGACCCUGGGGGCCCUGGAGGGCAGGGCUCAGAGUGGACUAAUACCCCAGCGGAGCCCUUCCUUUGCCCCUGUCCCCCCUCCCACUCCCUGCUGGAGACAGGGUCUGGGUAGGCUGAGUGGCAGGUGUAAGAAUCUCAGUUAUUUAGAGCCCCACUCUGUCAGGGCCUGCCUGUGGUGCCUUCCCUGUAUUGUCUCAUUUAACCUUUAGGAGGUAGACUUGUUAUCCCCACUCAACAUGGGGACCAAGAUGUGGAGGGUACACAUGACCUGGAUCAUGGAUAGCAGGGUGGAAUUUGAACCCAGGCCUCUCUGUUGCAGAAGCCAUGACCUCUGGACUUUGUUAGUUUCUUCCCCUCUCCAUAACGAAUCAGACAGGAGGGUGUGGGAUCAGGACAACUGAGACAGCCAGGCUGCCGGGCAGCUGGGCCACCUGGGAAGACACACAGGUGCUACAGGACUUGGGCCUGCCUCUUUUCCUCAGCUCACAUCCCAGGGCUUAGGGGUGAAAGGUAUCAGCCUUCAGAGGCCAGGGAGACCCCAGAUAAACCAUUGAGGGACUUUGGACCAUGAGAGAGGGUCUUUGGGGGAGAGAGGGUCAAUGGCCUUUGAAUCUAAUUGGCAAUGCUCCUCCAUACUUUUUCCCAGUCUUGCUGAGCCCACCAGCUCCUACUUGAGCCCACCAGCUCCUACUUGACCCUCCCAAACUCCUAUUUGAAAGGAAGAACAUUUAAUGGGACUGUCCAGUCAGGGUAGGACCUGCAGCCUCCAUCCCUCCCAGUCCCUUUGAGAAAUCACUCACCUUCCUCUUCAAUGGGACAGUGCAAGUCCACGUCCCCUGUCAGAGAGUCAAACUGCCCGUGUCCCCACCCUUUGGGGCUAGGGUCCUGGCAAGUCCUGGCAGAGCUGGGUCACAGUAGCCCAGAAUGGCUUAUCCACAGCUCUCUAGGCCUCUUGGUCUCUUGGUCACAGAAAGUGCUGGUACCACCCUGAGGUACAUCCCCCCUCCAACGCCCAGCAGGCAUAGUCAGUCCUUAGAGUUCUUGGUGCUUACAUGAGGCUGUGACCUAGUUCUUCUGGGCCCUGCUAGCCCCUCUUGGGGCAGGUCUGACCUCCUGCUGGCCUAUCCUGGGCUAGUCUCUGUCUCUAUAGGUAAUUAGGAACCUAUGUUGUUACUGUAUUUCAAAAUAAAGGUGCUCUCUCCACUGUGGUCCUUUCGUGGCUUGCCAGCUAUGGGGGAGGCUGGACUGCAUCCCAAUACUCAUGGCAGAGAAACUAUGAGCA